GUUCGUCGAUUCCCCUAAAAAAUUGCAAUGAUUAAUCUCGAAAUGUCCAUCAUCCGGGUCCAUCGCAGAGAUGUUUUUUUUUGUCGCCAAGUUAUUUAGACGUGUCCCUCACCCGUUCCUGCCAAAAAUUCAUCUUGAAUCGUGCAAAAAAAAAACGAGUGUACACAUUAUGAAGGUUCGAGUGGGGCUCCCAUCCAGCUGCCCUUUGUGCCCCAAGACAGCCAAGAAGAUGGAAUACAUGCGAUUGAGGGUGGACACAUACCAGUGCCAGUUGAUCUUCGUGGUGGCAGUCCAAAACGAUCCAAAAACGUGAAACACACACGUUUUAACCCACCAGAAUUGUUGGGAGAGAGGGUGAAACGACAGAGGGGACAUUCCUCUACUCGGUGGCACAUGCUGGGGCGCGUGGUGUGUGCCGACGACAACGGUAGAGCAGCAGCUGAAGAAGGGUGGGGGAUAAGGCACGAGGGAGGCUGGCUUCGGCUAUAUGUAGCCCCGAAUCAUAGCCGGACCAACUAUUACCUCCCAAACUUGCAAGACGUUAACAAGUACCCACCCUUUUGUCUCAGUACCGUGAUUAUACCAUAAAGUACUUAAUCUUCAGUUUAUGGGAAAAAAUUGAGUCAUUUUAUCGAUAAAUUAAAUUGUGGUGUUUGGUGUCAAGUGUUAUGUGCUGUUGAUUACCAAAAUUCGCAAUUGAAUAACAAAAAAAAUGCCGCGAGCAUUUUUAAUUACUCACAGGAGGUACAAUGGACCUGAAGAGUUUGAGGAAAAUAUCAGAGGUUUUAGUCCUGAACGAGGUGUAAGAAUUCCCGAAUACAAUUCCAAUCAGCCAACCUCGGAUGGUGUCAGUGAUUGCGCCAGUGAGACGUCAUCAGAAUGCCCCGAGGAGCUCUACAACCUGACGAAAUUGGCAGAAGUCAGUUUGGCAGCUGCUGCUGGUACUCUAAUUCAUCCGAACAAUGUUAUUCAUCAUCGUUCAGCAUCACCACGUUGGACAGGUGAUAUGAAGGAUCUCGACAAGUACAGAGUUAUCACUGAGGAGACAGCAAGCCUCCGACAGGGACUUCACAUUGGUGAGGCCUCUGAUUUAAGCCUGAGGGAACGAACGCGAUUAUUUUUCGAGAGAAUCGAGACCGAGAGAGAAUUACUGGAAGUUAGAAGCCGCAGAACUUGCCUGCGAUCCCCACAGCUGUCUGAGGAGUCCAGAAGAUUGCUGAGUAAUCAAUCCCAGAGCCCACCACGGCGGAGGAUCUCUUCGGGCCAGUCGGACUCCUCUAAGACUGAUGACAGUGAGGAGCACGAGUGCCCUGACUGUGGGAAAAAAUAUUCAACUUCCUCAAAUCUUGCGAGACACAGACAAACGCAUCGUUCACUGGCGGAUAAAAAGGCGAGGAGGUGUCCUCAUUGUGACAAAGUUUAUGUCAGCAUGCCGGCUUACAGUAUGCAUGUGAGGACACACAAUCAGGGUUGCAAGUGUCAUUACUGUGGUAAAUGCUUUUCGAGACCGUGGCUCCUGCAGGGACACAUCAGAACGCACACAGGUGAGAAGCCCUUCAAAUGCACAAUUUGUAAUAAAGCCUUCGCCGACAAAUCAAACCUCCGCGCUCACGUCCAAACGCACUCCAAUACGAAGCCCCACGUUUGUGGAAGAUGUGGGAAAGCCUUUGCCCUGAAGUCCUACCUCUACAAACACGAAGAAUCAUCCUGUAUGCGAUCCCACCAGCGCUCCAUCCCCGAGACUAACAAAGAAGAAGUAAAAACAGUAACACCAACAAUUCCAACAUCAUCGCCAAUCAGUGUUAUUGUACCUCGACCAGCAGCAAUCGAAACCUCAUCAUCGCCCGUGAUAUUUUCGAACAUAAUUCGACACACGAAAACGAGCCAACCGAUCACAAUACCAUCGCCCCAACCGAAACGACAGUAUCGAGAGAUUCAGGAGGAUAAGCAAUCGGAUUUGAUGACACGAAUGGUCAUCAGAACGUCAGUUAUUUCAUCAAAUCCAGAGCAUGUGCCUGGGCGUGUGCCUGUUGGUAAAUCGGCCCUCAAUUUUUCGGAUCCAACGAGGGCCUCGGCCUUCACCAGGCCCACUGCCAUCAGUCUGAACCUGGCCAUUGCUUAGAAAAUAUAUCGACGAGUUAUUCUCAACUCGAUUCCAAGUGCAGGAAGUGAUUUUUUUCGCCAAUUCAAGGAUAUUCAAGUACUUUGAGUGGAUUUCCCCCAGCCAACUACUCUUUUUAUGUUUGUUGUCGAUCACCAGAGCCUUCACUUGGGCCUUAUUGGGCCAUAAACUUCUGGACAUGUUAAAAUGCUUUGGUUAUUCAAAUGUGGUAGGUCUGAAUGUUACUGAUUGUUGGAUAUCCUCAAGCGAAUUUGGAUGAGCCUGUGCUGCAGAUUCCAAGCAUCCUCCAUAGGGACCAUGUAGAUAAGAUUAUCAGAGUUAAUUGUGAAUCCAUGUGCCAUCAAUAGUGUACGCCGAAAACACUUGUACAUAACUUCUUGACGUGUACUUAAAUACUAAUUUCGUACUCACUAAUCGUGCUCUUCAGUGGCAGCUAAUGAUUCUAGAUUUAAUGAUUUCUCUCUUUGUUUUCGUUCUGUGAGAACGUGUGAAAAUUUGUAGUUUUAUCUUAACUUCUUGUUUAACUUUAUGUAUUAUUGUUGAAUGGAAUAGCUUCGACAAUGUUACCGAGUGUUUAAACUAGUCGAGCCACGUACCAAUCACUGCCAAGACAUCUCUCGUUGGUGUGGAUUCAUGAAGAUCUAGAUUUGAUUUUACCGACUGACUCUGAGUUACCACGAGAGUUGAGUUUGGUGAUACAGUGGGGAACGUUGGUAGUUCUUUAGGGAUCUAGAUGUAGUGGAAUAAAUGAGGGGAGGGGGGGGGGAUGAAAACUCGGUGAGGAAGAAUUGUUGAUCAGUUGGAGGAUGUUUAAUACCUAGUCAUUAUUAAUUGUAAAUAGCAUUCCCGUAAAUGUAAUAUAGUUUUUUAGCACUAGAUCGACUGUAGAUAUUGUAAAUAAGUCUCUAUGAUUAAAAGAAUAAUAUUUGGUAA